CAACAUUUAAUCUUUCGACCCCAAUUGCUCACGUACACUAAUAUCUUCCAGACCCAAAUCCCAACUUCGCCACUCGCAUAGACGAGAAUAACCUUGACUUCAUCAGGAAAUGUGCACUUUAGUGAGUCCAGGCUCUCAAGAGUCAAGAUCUCAAGACUUGUUUAAAAACUGUCGUUACCAUCAGCUGGCAGAUGUGGUUCAGAAGUGGCGUGAAAACGCACGAAAAAGGCGCCAUACGUCUUAAUGACUCACUGUGUCAAAGAAUCCCGAACAGAAGUUGUAGAAAAAUACAAGACCGCUGUCAAAGCUUCGAACUGGAUUGUCUUCGACAGAUCGAACUCCAGCUCAUGAGAACCCAUCCAAUCAAACUCGAGUUGCUAAUACAGUUGCAUAUGCUUCCGAUCCUCAACACCCAAACAAAAUUUACCUUGUGUUUUUCAUUACAUGGCACCUGAUUCAGAACGAAUGCCUGGUAUAAAAGGCGAUGAAGGCAACGAGCAGCCUCACUCCAAGCGAAAACCAUGGAUUCCGAAGAAGCACAGUCCAACCCCAACGCAGAUCUGGUAGUUGAGAACGAUGACUCGGAGGUUUCCGUGCUGGCUGAAGUUGUAGAAAAUUACACUUCAUACGAGACCGCGGUCAAAGCCGCUACGAAUUGGAUCAUCUACAAUAAAUCGAAGCCCGGACCUCAUGACAAGCCUCUUCCAAUCAAGCUCGAGUUUCCUUUCCAGUUGUAUCCAAGCAAGGCAAACAAACCUCCAGGCAUCAACGGAAAGAUUGUCGGCAUUGGCAUCAAGAAGACCAUCACAAGUCGACCCAUCGAUCUCAUCCGUCUCGAUUACGACCCGACGAAAGGCUUCCAUUUCAACGUAUUCGGAUUGAAUCGUGAAAGGACUUGGAGGGACGAUGCCAAGAAGUUGGCUGCGACGUUCCCUGUCCAAACAACGGAUCCAGAUGCGAAGCUAUUGGAGCUCGUCCAGCCGUUGCAGCUCACUACGGCGGAGAGGCUCUGGGAUGCAUGGAAAAAUGGACGUCAGCCUUGAGGGACAGAGUGGGAGGAUCAGGAAUUCUUGAGUUGGUACUUGAAAGAUGUAGUAAAUCAAAGAACUCAGGAAAACUGAAGACGAACGAUGAUUGUGCUCCUG